AUGUCGAAAACAACCCGAAUCAUCCGGAAGUCAAUCUUCGCUUUCCUCCGAGACUACGAAUACUACACAUUUGCCCCAGCUCUCCUCGCCUUUCCCUACGCCUCCGUGUACCUCAUCGCCCAAUCCCUCGUCCCUUCGUCUCGACUUUUCCCACCAAUUCACGACCGAUUAAUCUCUCUCUUUCUCUCGUCCGGUUUCCCUCCUUCUCGACUCUUUUCCAUUCUAACCGUUAAGCUCUCCCAAACACUGCUCAAUUCCCUCCUCGCCUCACCGUUCGCAUUCUCCUUUCUCCUACUUGCGAAAGCCUCUGUGAUUGUAAAAUCACUCGACCGUCGUAAAAAAAACACGGAAUUUACUUUUACCACAUGGAAAGUAAAAUCAAUCUUAUUAUUACGACCCCUUCUCAUCACCCAAAUGUGCUGCUCGUUUGUCGUGCUCUCGGCUAACGCGGCUUGCUUUUUCUUUCUCACCGCAUGCCUUCCUUCUUUGGCGGGGCCCGCCGGGGGUUUAGUAGGUUUAGUAGUCUACUCGAUCGUCGUAGCGAAUUUGUACGUUUUGUGCAAUUUAGCGUUGGUUUUCUCGGGAGUCGAGGGAGAGGGUGGGUUCGUCUCGAUUGCCAAGGCAUGUGUUGCGGUCCGGGGUAGAAUCGGAACCGGGUUAUGGUUGGCUGUGGUUACGAACAUGGCUUUUGCGGCCAUCGAGGCAAUUUUCCAGUAUCGCGUCGUGUGUGCUUAUUACGGUGAGGACUGGGGUCGUAAUUAUUCGGGCUUGCUUGUGAUGGAGGGGAUUUUCGUUUCGUGCUUGUAUUCGGUGUUUGUUGUGCUUGAUACGAUCAUCCAGUGUGAGUUCUUGAGAUGGUGCAAGGAAAGGGAAGAGAUUAUUCAGUAA